AAACUGGUGUCCGGGCCGCACGCGUGGCCCUUCGUCACCUACUUGGUCUCCUGCUGCCUGUAUCCGUUGGCAUCCAGCUGUGCCCACAUGUUCAGCACCAUGUCGGGCCGGACUCGGCACCUCUGCUAUUUCUUGGACUACGCCGCGCUCGGCACCUACAGCCUCGGUGAGGGCAGCGCCAGGGUGCCCGGGUUCCUGGAGCCGGCGCGGCCGCGGCUGAGCAAGGCGGCGCGCACGCUGGCCUUCGCCUACCCCUACGUCUUUGACAGCAUCCCGCUCUUCUACCGGGUACGCUCCCGCCGCGGCGCCGGGAAAACGCUUGGGAAAACACAUCCGCAUGGGCACAGCCACCAGCUUUUCCACGUGUGCGGCGUCCUGGGCACGCACUUCCAGAUGGAGGCCAUCCGCGUGGACAUGGCCCAGCGGCACGGCGGGAUCCCGGCCAACUCGGCGCUCCAGAGCCUGGUUCCGAUGGGCAUCGGCGCGGCCGCGGCCCUAGGCAUCGUCGCGCUCUGCUCGGCCUCCCCCAGCCCCAAGCCCAGGGAAAAGCCGCACUAG